UAAAAAGAUGACAUGCCACAGCUCGUUCUCAAAUAAUGUCGUUUCCAAGGAAAUUGUAUUAAGAGCUGAACAAGAAACAGAGCGACUUGCCAGCCUUAUAUCCGCCAGCGUUACUUUCGGUGAUAUUAUUUUAUUGUAUGGAGAUUUUGGCUCUGGUAAGACAACCUUUGCUAGAGCUUUUAUUCGAAAGAUUCUUGGUGACCCCUCCUUGAUUGUUCCAUCUCCUUCUUACUUGCUGAUGAAUGAAUAUCAAAUUAUCCGAGAAGUACAGGGUGAAGUUGAGAAGUUCCGUGUAUAUCAUUUUGAUCUAUGGAGAAUAGAAAGCUGUGAAAGCCUACCGCCACUUGAUCUCCAGACUAUUUUACAAAGAGGUGUUUGCUUGAUAGAAUGGCCAUCUGCCAUUGAAAAGUUGUUACCCUAUGAGAAGUUAGUGCUAUGCUUUUCUUUUUUUGAUGAAAAAAGAAAAGUGAAGCUUUCGAUGUUUGGCUCGAAGUGGCGACAUCUUCAAGAUGAUAUUAGCAGUUUUUGAAUAUUUUUCUUUUUUACAAAGAAUUUGUCUGAAAAAUAAGAAGUUUGCACAUUCUCUCAUGUAACUGAAGUUGAAUAUUUGUGGGCAUCAAUAGUUAAGUCACAUUUUGUUGCUGCUCGUUGGAUGGAAAUUAA